UCGCAUUAAGGUGAAAACACCUGAAUCUUAUACGUCAGUAAUUGAACUAAGUUUGCGAUUGGCCAUGGACAUUACAAUUUACCAAACGAGCUAUAUGGAGCUCAUAAAGCAGCACAGUAGCCUGUUUGUACAUGUGUAGCUUUUGUACUUUCUCGCGCACAGAAUGGCUGUUUGUAAAGUCCGAGGAAAUGAAUUUGUUAUUCUAUGUGCGUUUACAUUCAUUACUUUAAUACACUGCAGAAGUUUGCCACCUUUGUCUGGGACGCAAACAACUAGCGAUGAAGGGGAUAAAAUGUUAUCUGAUAUGUCCGAUCAAGCGGGACUUGAUGAACAAAUAGCUGAUUUUGCCGACCCCAUUGAUGACGACACCAUCUUCGAUGUAAGUAGCGAUGGAGAUGAAACAUUGUCUGAUGAGUCCGAUCAAGAGGGAUUAGAUGACUCCAUACAUGACAAUUCCCUCUCAGCUCUGCCGAGAAGCGCUGUAGAAAGAUCUAGUGAUGAUGAAACGUUAUCUGAUGAGUCCGAUCAAGAGGGAUUGGACGACCACAUAGAUGACGAUGUCCUCUCAGAUGAAACUAGUGAUGGAGAGGAAACGCUAUCUGAUGAGUCCGAUCAAGAGGGAUUGGACGACCACAUAGAUGACGAUGUCCUCUCAGAUGAAACUAGUGAUGGAGAAGAAACGCUAUCUGAUGAGUCCGAUCAAGAGGGAUUGGACGACCACAUAGAUGACGAUGUCCUCUCAGAUGUAACUAGUGACGGAGAGGAAACUCUAUCUGAUGAGUCAGAUCAAGAGGUAUUGGACGACCACAUAGAUGACGAUGUCCUCUCGGAUGAAACGUUAUCUGAUGAGUCGGAUCAAGAGGGAUUGGAUGACCACAUAGAUGACGAUGUCCUCUCAGCUCUGCCGAGAAGCGCUGUAGAAACAUCUAGCGAUGAUGAAACUUUAUCUGAUGAGUCAGAUCAAGAGGAACUUGACGAUGCCUUAGGACAAUUAGAAAGCUCAUCUGAAGGACCCUGGGAUGCAAUGUCUCCAAAGCUGAGGUGUGGUGGUGAUUUAAUGAAUUUGCAACUCUUUGGUUCAGAUGUGGACCAAGUGGAGCUUUGUCGAGGUGAUUCUGCACCUGUCCCUCUUGGCCGUUUGCCACCUAACUGUGGACGCACUUCAGCCACUCAUGGAGGUCUUGUUUUUGCCACACCCUAUGAUGGAUGUGGUGUUGCACAACAGGGAGGGAAUUAUGUCAUGCAGAUGCUGUGGCAGGGAAAACCUGUGGUCAUCUCUUGUCCCAUGACCUAGUCUGUUGCGAAUGACAAUGUCUGGAUAUCAGCCUCCUAGAUUUCUUUUCCACUUGCUUACUCUGGAAGCCCAGUCCAAACAUCCCCUGAUACACAAGCUACAACCACAGUUCUGCCCCAUCUGUUCCCUUGACAGUCCUGCAAGCAAUGCUUCCAGGAUACCACCUAUACCCUGUUACAACACUAACCUAAAAGCCACAUCGUCCUUCUAUCCUCAUCAUAUCUUUCAACCUCUCGCUGUUGAUGUCUGAAAUAAAGUCAUAUCUAAGGAAUGAGGAAAUUGUUUUUCUGGUCCUUAAGUUUGAAAGACUCUGGUAAAAUAAGUUUCCCUUGGACUAAUUAAUUUAAUUUGGUCAUUUGGCAGACGCUUUUAUCCA